UUUUUUAGUCUCCACUCAAUAUCUUAUUGUUGUGCUAGUUUUACAUGAGGGAACGUUUGUUUCAAAGUCCAAAUUGUUGGUUCGCGACGCGCUGAGGAUCCUGUCUGGGUUUGGGUCAACAUGGAGGAGCAGCAGAAGAUUCUGUGUGUGGGAUUGGUGUGUCUCGACAUCAUUAAUGUGGUUGAUAAAUAUCCGGAGGAGGACACCGACAGCAGGUGUUUGUCUCAGCGAUGGCAGCGAGGAGGAAAUGCAUCCAACUCAUGCACGGUGCUGUCGCUGCUCGGAGCUCCGUGUGCCUUCAUGGGUUCUCUGGCUUCUGGUCCUGUGGCUGAUUUUAUUUUGGAGGAUUUUCAGAAGUUCUCCAUCGACGUGUCGCUGAUGUCUGAGCACGCUCAGUGCAUGUCUCCAGCCUCCAUGGUCAUCAGCAACAUCAGAACAGGAAGUAGAACCAUCCUGCACAUGAACAGUUUCAUUGUGGCAGACUUCUUACGCCGUGAAAUUGAUGUCUCAGCAGUGGUUUGGCAGGUCAAAGGUCAAACGCCAUGUGCGUGUUGUGUGGUUUGUCCACUCAGCGGAUCUCGAACCGUCUAUCUCUACGACACAGACCUUCCAGACGUCACAGUGGACGAUUUCUCUAAAGUCACCCUCAGUCAUUUCAAGUGGAUCCACUGGGAGGGCCGAAAUGCUGACGAGCAGAUCAAGAUGAUCCAGCAGGUGGAGACAUUUAACAGCAAACUACCUCCUCACCAGAGGAUCACCAUCUCCGUGGAGAUAGAGAAAACUCAAGAGCCGUUGUAUCAGCUGUUUCCUCACGGUGACGUGGUGUUUAUCAGUAAGGACGUUGCUCGUCACUUUGGCUUCCAUUCGGCUGAAGCUGCUCUGAGAGGACUCUACGCUAGAGUCAAAAAGGGGGCUGUCCUCAUCUGUGCCUGGGCAGAAAAAGGAGCGGAUGCUCUGGGUCCUGAUGGUUUACUCGUUCAUUCAGAUGCAUUCCCUCCUGAGACUCUAGUCGAUACUCUUGGAGCUGGAGACACAUUCAACGCCGGCGUCCUCUACUCUCUGUCCAACGGAGGAAGUUUGCAAGAUGCUCUGACCCUUGGCUGCAGGGUCGCUGGCAGAAAGUGUGGUUUCCAUGGUUACGAUGGCAUCAGUCAGAUGUUUAGUGGCGUGUGAUCAAAAAGCAAUGCUGUACACCCACCGGUCACUUUAUUAGGUACACCUCCUAGUACCUGAUAAUCUUUUAUUCUUGGUGUCAUGGAUAAAAUCGAAAAUGUUCCUCAGAGGUUCUGGUCCCCUGAUGAGAAGCUCCCGUUCCACAUCCCAAAGGUUCUGUACUGGACUGAAUUCUGGUGAUGGUGGAGGUCACUGGAGUCCAGUGAACUCACGGUCAUGUCCCAAAAACCAGGUAGAGAUGAUCUGAGCUUUGUGACAUGGUGGUUCUGCUGGAAGCAGCAUCAGAAGGUGGGUCCUUGUGGUAGACAUGGUCAGCAACAAUACUCCGAUAGGCUGUGGUGUUUAAACCAGGCUCAGGUGGGACCACAACAUCUACUAUCACCUCCAUAACACCAGCAGCAGCCUGAAGCGUUGAUACAGAGCAGGAUGGAUCCAGACUCAUCAGACCAGGAAAUACUUUUCCAGUCUCUCCUGGUCCAGCUGUGGUGAUCCAGUUCUUAGCUAGCGUUAGGAACACCUUCUGCUGCCUGGGUUUAUCUGGAGCAGCUGGUGUGGUUUUAGUCUCAGCUCUUUUCAUGAAAGCAGCUCAUAUGGUACCAACACUAACAAUAACGAUUUAUUUUUAUUAUAGAGCACUUUAUUCUACCUAAACACGUGUAAAUCUCUGUUCUGAUGCUCAGUUUGAACUUCAGCUGGUCGUCUAGAUGCUGCCAUCUGAUUGGCUGAUCAGAUAUUUGUGUUAAUCUAUUAACUAGCAGAUCAGCUGAUUGGUAGAACAUCUUUCAUGUUUUAAUGAGAAGAGCUACUAAACCAAAUAUAAUCUAAAAACAUCUGGAAACACUCGAAUAAAAUGUUAAAGAAGAUUACACUCCAUUAUUUAUAAUUUACAUUGUUUGUAGCUCCCGCUGCCCCAGAUCAAUUAAAAAGGAAACAGAGCAGUUGUACCUAAUAAAGUGGCAAGUGGGCGGAGCCAGCUGCACUUUCAGAGGAUUAAGUCACUUUAUGAAAUUAGUUUGAAUGGAGCAGUAAAAUAUCAUUCAUUCAUUUUGCACAAGUUUAUUAUUAUUAUAAUUAUUAUUAUAGAAGUGGUGAUGAAUUAUAAUAAUUAUUAUUAUUAUAAUUAUUAUAGAAGCUGUGAUUAAUAAUAUUAUUAUUAUAGAAGCUGUGAUUAAUAAUAAUAAUAAUAAUUAUUAUAAUUAUUAUAGAAGCUGUGAUUAAUAAUAAUAUUAUUAUUAUAGAAGCUGUGAUGAUGUUUUCCUGGGUGAAACAGAACAAUGAUCAACUCUUCUGAAAAACCAGUGAAGGAAUGGACCUGCAGCUUCUGUUUACAGCACUUGAAAUAAAGACUCGUCUAUUCUGGCAA